AUGGCGUCGCUGAUGGACGACGUCACCGCCGAGAUCUUCCUCCGCCUCCCGUCGGACGAGCCUGAGCACCUCUUCCGCGCCGCCCUCGUCUGCAAGCCCUGGCUCCGCGUCCUCCGCGACCCCUCCUUCCGCCGCCGCUACAGCGUCUUCCACCCCUCUUUUGUUGGCCUCCUCCACAGGCUCCAUGUCUUCGAAGGAGAUCCCGCCGCCCGCCUCGCCCUCGCCACCGCGGCGCCCCUCUCCCCCUACCCCGACCUCAGCCGCACGCGCCCCCUCGACUGCCGCCACGGCCGCGUCCUCCUCCACGUGGGGGUCGGGGCUUGGCAUUUCGUCGUCUGGGACCCCGUCACGGGCGAGCAGCACCGCCUCCCGGAGCCCGGCAUCCCGUGGCUCAUCUACACUGCCGCCGUGUUCUGCGCCGUGCCGGGCUGCGACCACCUCGACUGCCACGGCGGCCCCUUUCGGGUUGUCUUUCUGGUCACCGAGGACUACACAGAUCUAGUCAAGGCCGCCGUGUACUCAUCAGAGACAGGCGCGUGGAGCACGCCGGUGACAAUGGACGCCGGCUGUGAUGUCCAGCAUAGGCGAGAUGCCUUUGCGGCUGGAUUCUACUACAAGCCCUAUGUCCAGCCUAGGCGGGGCGCUGUCAUUGGAGAUGAAGCCUACUUCACACUUCGCUGGGGUAACCCAGUCGUCAAGUAUAACUGGAGCAAGAAUCACAUAUCCCUGAUUGAUCCGCCAACAAAGUGUGUGUACAACGUUGGUGUCAAAAAAAAGUCUGUGGACAAGGUCGCCCUCAUGGUGAUGGAGGACAGUUCACUGGGGUUUGCCUGCGUUGAGGGUUCCAGCCUUCAUCUGUGGUCAAGAAAGGUGAAUGCAGAAGGAGAUGCAGAGUGGGCAUGGUGCAGGGCCAUCCAGCUGGAGAGUAUUAUACCUGUUGCCAAUUCUGAUGACAAACCAUUUGUGGUUGGAUCUGCAGAGGGUGUGGGUGUCAUAUUCGUCAGCACCGGUGCUGGCUUAUUCACAAUCAAGCUAGAUUCUGGGCUGGUUAAGAAGGUUGCCGAGUCUGGGGUCUACUUCAGCGUCCUACCCUACAUGAGCUUCUAUACUCCAGAUCGUGGUAGAUUUCCAUCGCUGGCGAAGCUCACCCAUGUCUGAUAUUCUUCUCUGAAUUAUUCUAUUGUUUUUCUUGUAUAUCUGAAGCUCAUUUACUAGUAUUAUUUUGUAAAGACCUUUCGUAUUAUGUUGUACUUGUAUAUAGCAAAUCAAACUGCAAAUGCUGACUUGGAAUGU